AUGCUGCGAUGUCGAACCCUACGGGACAGGGGCAACACGUACAUCUGCGCCCUCUGUCGCCACGACGGCGCCGCACGACCGAGCCCUCUCACAAUACGAAGCUACUCGAGUGACCCGAAAUCCUCUUCCCAUGCCCCUCGUGGACUUAGUGGCGGUCUCGGCGGCGGCUGGUCGUCCGCAGCGUCCUCCGCCAUCCCACGAAGGACCUCUGGGCCCAGCCAUGGCGGCUGGGGUGCCCCAGCAUUCGGCGCCUCCAAUGCUUCAGCGGUAAACGAAAACGACUCGACGACAUCCUCCUCGAACGCACCGACAGCUACGUCCAGCAGACCAGCCCCUGACGAUGGCCUCCUUCCCCACGAACGCGCCGCCCGCCAGCGCCUCGCCGCCCAACGAGCCGCCGACGCCGAACCGCCCAAGCCCGCCGCGCAGCCGGCAACACCGCACCAGCACCAGCACCAGCACCAGCACCGCACGCCGCCGCACAAGCAAGAAGGCCUCCCGUCCCUCGGCAGGCGGCCGCGGCAACACGUUGGCGCGCUCGACGACAGCAUCGGCCGGUCUCGCGCGGGGCCUCGGCCUGUGGCGCCCAUACCACACCGGUCCACGCCGCGCGCAGCGCCACGGGCCGCGAACCCGAUGGGGCUCGAUGAGAAGCCGGGCCUUCGAGGCUCGCUGGGCGGUUUGGACGGGCCGCCGCGCUCGAGUGAUCCGUUUGCGAGACUGGCGGACUCGGCGGCCCAGCGCGACCGCGAGCGCCGCGAACGCAAGGCCGAGAAGAAGAUGCAGAGGCAGCUCGAGGCGGCCGAGGCUCUCGAGGCGGCCGGCCCCCCGAAGAUCACGCUGCCCGAGUUUAUCAACCUGACGAACCUCGCCUACGGCCUCAAGCUGAAGCCCGACGUCUUGCUGGCAUCGCUGGAGGAGAUGGGGUUCGAGAACAUGACGCUCGACAGCAUCUUCACGGGCGACACGGCUGCGCUCGUGGCGCAAGAAUUCGGAUUCGAGCCGACGGUCGACACGGGCGGCGACCGCGAGCUGCGACCUCGCCCCGAGCCCGAGGACCCUUCGUCUCUGCCGCCGCGACCGCCCGUCGUGACCAUCAUGGGCCACGUCGACCACGGCAAGACGACUCUGCUGGAUUACCUACGCAAGUCGUCCGUCGCGGCCCAAGAGCACGGCGGCAUCACGCAGCACAUUGGCGCCUUUGUCGUCAGCAUGUCGUCGGGCAAGCACAUCACGUUCCUCGACACGCCGGGCCACGCCGCCUUCUUGACGAUGCGGCAGCGCGGCGCCCACGUCACGGACAUUGUCGUGCUCGUCGUGGCGGCCGACGACAGCGUCAAGCCGCAGACGCUCGAAGCCAUCAAGCACGCCCGCGCCGCCAAGGUGCCCAUGAUUGUGGCCAUCAACAAGGUCGACAAGGAGGACGCGCGCGUCGACCAGGUCAAGUCGGACCUCGCGCGGCACGGCGUCGAGAUUGAGGAUUUCGGCGGCGACGUGCAGGUCGUGUGCGUCAGCGGCAAGACGGGCCAGGGCAUGGACGACCUCGAGGAGAACAUUGCGACGCUGUCGGAGAUUCUCGACGUCCGCGCCGAGCCCGACGGCCUGUGCGAGGGCUGGGUGCUCGAGGCGAGCGUCAGGCAGGACGGCAAAGGCGGCGACGGUGCUCGUCAAAGCGGCGGCACGCUGCGCCCGGGCGACAGCCUCGUCGCCGGCACGGCGCGCGCCCGCGUCCGGCUGCUGCGCAACGAGGCCGGCGUCGAGCUGACCGAGGCCCCGCCCGGCACGCCCGUCGAGAUUCUCGGCUGGCGCGACGAGCUCACCGCCGCCGGCGACGCCGUGCUGCAGGCGCCCGACGAGGAGCGCGCGCGCAGGGCCGUCGAGUACCGCACCGAGAUGCGCGCCCGCGAGGCGUCGUCGCGGCAGCUCGUCGAGCAGGAGGCGCGCGAGCGCGAGCGCAAGGAAGCCGAGGAGGAGGCCGACGAGGCCGCGGAACACGGCGGCCAAGGUGGCGACGCUGCCACCACGGGCGGCAUCAAGACGGUCACGUUCACGGUGCGCGGCGACGUCGUCGGCUCGGUCGAGGCCGUCUGCGCGACGAUCCAGGAGCUCGGCAACCACGAGGUCAAGCCGCGGAUCCUGCGCUCGGCCGUCGGCCAGGUGUCCGAGUCGGACGUCGAGCACGCCGCCACGUCCGGCAGCGUCAUUGUCAACUUCAACGUGGCCGUCGCGCCGCACAUCAAGCGCAUGGCCGAGGCCGCCGGCGUGCGCCUCAUCGCCCACAGCGUCAUCUACCACCUCGCCGACGAGGUCCGCCAGACCCUCUCGGACGAGCUCGCCGACGUCGUCUCGACCAAGGUCGUCGGCGAGGCCGAGGUGCUGCAGAUCUUCCCCAUCAACACCAGGGGCCGCGCCUUCCGCAACAUUGCCGGCUGCAAGAUCCGGAACGGCCUCGUCAGCCGGACGGGCAUGGUGCGCGUGCUGCGCAAGGGGGAGACGGUGUUCGAGGGCAAAAUCGACGCUCUCAAGCACGGCAAGAAGGACGUCACGGAGAUGCGCAAGGGCACCGAGUGCGGCAUCUCGUUCGAGGGCUACCAGGACUUCCAGGUCGGCGACCAGGUGCAGACGUACGAGGAGGUCCGGGAGAAGAGGACGCUGUAA